AAAAGACAAAACUUCUUCUUCUUUGUAUUCAAGACCAUUUUUACAGGACAACAGCAAACUCUUCAAGACUUGAUACAUAAACCAGUCUUCAAUAUCAAUCAUCGUUUGUCUUUUAGGCAACAUAAAUCUACUGAAAAAACUACUGAUGAUAUGGAUAUUAGUCAAGAUACUUUUGCUUCUUCAUCUGAAAGCGGUGGCGCAGCAAAAUCCAAUACAGAUAAUCAAGUAAUACCAGAAAAUCCAGAUGCACCAAUUGAUGGUGAAAAAAAUGAUGAAAUGAUCGUAGACAAUGGAAAAAUUGAUAAUCAAACAAAUGAUCAAUCUUUUAAUAAGGAUAAUCAGAAAAAUGGUGAUACUAAUGACAUAAUUAGUGAUAAUCAUUCAGAAAUUUUUAAUAAGGCUAAACCUAUUUUAGUUAAAAUCAAAAAAGAUUCUAUUCCAGGAAACAAUAUUAUUCAAAAAAAGUUUAAUUUGAGAAAACAACUAGCUGGAAUUAAUGUUACUCUGGCCGGAGGAGUUAUCUUAAAUAAGAAAGAACCAGAAUUUAUCAUUUUACCAAUCAUGAAAAAUGAUUAUGAUAAAAUUAUUAAUCUAGAAAUUGAUAUUAUAGAUGAUGAACAUACUAAUAGUAAGGUUAAGGAAAUAAUAAAAUUUACACCAUAUCAAAAAACUAAAAAAGUUUUUACUGAAGAAGAAAUUAAAGAUAGAAAUUGUAGAACGAUUAAAGUUAUAAAUAUUCCAAUUGAAAUUCCUAAUUAUCAAAUUAGAGCUGUAUUUAACAAAUAUGGUGAAAUAGAAGAAAAUGGCUUUUAUACCAAAAUUAGAAAUUUAUAUAUUCAAGCUUUCAUUACAUAUAAAAAAGAAGAAAGUCUACAAAAAUUUUACAAAGGCAUAUGGUCAGAAUGGAUUGGAAAACAUCAAGUACUUAUUGUGCCAAAAAUUUUGUCAGAAGAUGAAAUAGAAAAAAGAUCAAUGUAUACAGUUAAAUUAACUGGAUUACCAUGGAAUUCAACUGCUUAUGAUAUACAUGAAGCUUUAGAAGUUAACAAUCCUAAGUAUAUUUUUAUACCACGUAAUCCAAAUAAUAAUAAACCAUUGAAUUAUGCAAUAGUUUAUUAUGAAAAUGAUGAAGAUAUAGGUAUUGCAGCAGAAAGAAAUAUUAUUUUUUGUAAUAAAACGCUUCAUUGGGGAACUCCAGGUGAAAAAUCAUGCUAUAGAUGUAGUUCCUUUGAUCAUUUAAUUAGUAAGUGUGAUAUUGAACUAUCUGCUAAACCACGUGUAAUGAAUAGAAAGCAAAAGCUUAAGGAGUUUCGUCAAGAAAAUAACAAGAAGUUUAAAAAAGGCAGUUAUGCAAAU